AUGGCAUUUCGAAAGGAGGAUAGCCAGGAGGGCGCACGAGAGUGCCCAGUGUGCUUUGAGAGUCUGUCGGCCACUGAAAGGACUCUGAGCUGCGGACAUGUAUUCUGCCAUGACUGCUUGGUCAAAACGCUGGUCAGCAUCAACAGCGAUGGAACCAUCAAAGACACAAUCGUUUGUCCCAUGUGCCGACAUCUUACAUUCAUCAAGAAACGAAAGGAACCGCUGGUGUCUCUGGUGGCGGACAAGGAUCCCGGUAAAGAACAGAUCCUAGAGGUGCCUCUCCAUCUGCCACUGGUCCAGCUCCAGAGCGCACGGGGCGGCAGUUUACCAAGGGGAGUUAACUGGAUUUCUCACUGCUUUAUGGGGAUAUCUGAACGGCUCCGUCGACAUUGGCUAAUCAACCGCAGCCAUAAUGUGUCUGAGAUCUUCAUCAUAAGUGCCCAAGGGCGACCCAUGGCUGAAGAAGAUGCUCUUAAUAUUGUGAUGACUGUGGUUCAACCCCAGCGCCAGCGACGGUGCAAGAUUUGCACAACUUCAGGCUGCCUGCUGGUUUUGCUGUCAGCAUUUCUUUUACUGGCACUGGCGACUGCAACUUUACCCUGGGUUUUGUUGGCAUAG